AUGCACUUGUCCAUGCAGUCCCUGGCCUUGGCCACAGCCCUCGUCAUCAACGGCGUCCUCGCAGGCGCAGGCGCCCAGGUAAAGGCCUGCAUCUGGUUCACCACCAAGCCCCAUUCGCCCAUCAGCUUCUCCUGGAACACCUGCGGCAGCGGCUCCCACUGCAUGUACUGCGACAAGCUGCCCAAGCCGACCAUGACCGUCUCCGAGGCCGGCCUGACCUGCGUCGACCUCGGCAAGGUCGAGUCCAAGUCCAGCAGCACCUUCUUCGUCGACUUCUGCGCCACCGACGAGAGCCACUGGGAGCUGUCGUACAACUCGCCCUCGUCGUCGUACAGCGGCUCCGUGUCCAGCCGGUGGCGCGGCGGCGGCGCAAAGCACAACUAUAUCGAGUUUGACAAGGACAAGUUCUCGCCCGGCACGAGCGUUUGCGGGACCAAGUCUGCCUGUGUGAACACGCAGAUUGACUGGGAUUCGGGCUCUGCUCCUGAUAUCUAUUACGUCUUCCGGCCGCAGCAGCAGCAAGGAAAGACUUGGGGUGCAGAGAACAUGUCGGCCAUUGAGUCCGCCGAUGUUGAGACGGCCAAAGUCUCUCACGACCAUUCAGACCUCUAG